AUGAAGUUGAAGAUCUCUUGCGCCGUCUGUCAUGGCGACAUGGGCCGCGGCCACGCCACCUUCACGGCCGAGUGCUCCCACACCUUCCACCUCCGCUGCGUCAACCACCGGACCGCCUGCCCUCUCUGCCACACGUCCUGGCGCGACGUGCCGGGCGUCACGCCCACGCACGCGCUGCUCUUCGACGACGACGAACCGCUGGAGAUGCCGCCGCCCCACGGCAACAACCAGGCGACGACGGCGGCUGGCGGCGGGGUGAUGGUCCUCAAGACGCACUGCCAGUACCCGGCCGUCGCGAAAGACGCCACCCGCGACGGCUUCGCGGUGCUCGUGCACGCCAAGGCUCCCGCUUUGGCUGUCGAGGCCGCCAAGGCCCCGCGCGCGCCGCUCGACCUCGUCAUGGUGCUCGACGUCAGCGGCAGCAUGAUGGGCCCCAAGAUUAACCUGCUGAAGCAGGCCAUGGGCUUCGUCAUCGACAAGCUGGGCCCCGACGACCGCCUCAGCCUCGUCUCCUUCUCCACCACCGCCCGCCGCCUCACCCGGCUCGCGCGCAUGUCCGACGCCGGGAGGGCCUCGUCCGAGCGCGCCGUCGAGUCCCUCGUCGCCAACGGCGGGACCAACAUCAAGGAGGGGCUCCGCGAAGCCGCCAAAGUGAUCACCGGCCGCCGGUGCAAGAACGCCGUCUCUGCCAUCAUCCUCCUCUCCGACGGCCAAGACAACUGCACCCUGCGUUACAGUGCGGCAGGGGCCACCGACUACAACGCGCUCCUGCCGUCAUCCUUGGUGCGCUCCGGCGCCGGCCACUCGACGCCGGUCCACGCGUUCGGCUUCGGCAAGGACCACGACUCGGCGGCUAUGCACACCAUCGCGGAGGCUACCGGCGGAACCUUCUCCUUCAUCGAGAACGAGGCCGUCAUCCAGGACUCGUUCGCGCAGUGCAUCGGCGGCCUCCUCUCGGUCGCCGCGCAGGAGGCGCGCGUCUCCGUCGAGUGCGUCUGCCCGGGCGUCCGCGUCCGCUCCGUCAAGUCCGGACGCUACAAGAACCACGUCGACGCCGAGGGCCGCGCCGUCACUGUUGACGUCGGCGAGCUGUACGCCGACGAGGAGAGACGCUUCCUGCUGCUCGUGGAUGUGCCAAGAGUCGCCCAAGACGUCGACGUCACGACGCUGCUGAAGGUGAGCUGCGCCUACCGAGACGCCGCCACAGGGCAGUCGGUGGACGUAGCUGGCGAGGACGCGGUCGUGAAGAGGCCGUUGGAGGCGGCGGAGGUGGAGCCGUCGAUGGAGGUGGAGCGGGAACGUCUGCGCGUGGAGGCGGCGGAGGACAUCGCGGCCGCGCGCGCCGCGGCGGAACGCGGGGAGCACGCCGAGGCGUCGCAGAUACUCCGUCACCGGGGCAUGGCACUGGGCGCGACCGGCGACGCCAUCUGCGCCGGGCUCGCGAUGGAGCUGGACGAGCUGAGCGAGCGCGUGGGGCACCCGACGAGGUACCACACGUCAGGCGGCCGCGCGUCCCUGCUGUCCGGCAUGAGCUCGCAUUGGCAGCAGCGCACGACCACCUCUGGGAACUAUGGCAAGGGUCUGGGGGGUGGAGGGUACUCGACUCCGGCAAUGCGUAAAAUGUUAGGCAUGUCGGUGAAGGCUCGUCAGAAGCAGCAGCAGCAACAGUUUUCUACGUCGACGACGCCGCCGCCCCCGUCUCUCGCCAUGAACUUGAUGAGGAAAUGCCACCGCUUUCUACGUCUCAAGUGA